GAGCGGUGGCAUUUAUGUUAAGACUGUAAUUUUAGAGUAGCUGCAAACGAAAGCAUGAGAACGUGGAUGGGUUCAUUGAAGAACGAUGAACAACAACGUACUCUAAACGGCCUGAGCUGCCGAUGCAAUUAGUUGAACUCCUCAAUUUAUUGCAUGAAUUAAGAAUCACCACCGUGGGUUUCCUCGUUUUCCCCCCACUGUUCUUCUAAAAGCGACACAAAUCCUCUUUCUUUCGCUUUAAAGCUUCGUUUCUCAGAUCCUUUCAUUCCGCCGGGAUGUGAAGCUUCGGCUCUGCUUUUUACUGUAAGUGCUCUCCGGCGGCCAUGGCGAACUUCUCUUAAGCUUCUUUGUACCUCUUUUUACCUGUGGCUGGUUAUUCCGGUGACGGCGUUGGAGGGUUCUUGGGUGUCGCUUUCUUCAUUUUGAGGUAAACAGCAGGGCCCGAACGAACGGAUUGUGGUUGUCACUUUUGUAGUUAUUCCUGUGCUAAGUAAUUCCAAAUGAAGCUCUGUUCAGCAUCAGUGCUUUCUCUCGUUUUGAUUAUUGUUAAUCUACUUCACCUUGUCAUUGCCGACCUGAACUCAGAUAAGCAGGCUCUUCUCGACUUCCUAUCGUCUGUUCCACAUCGUCGGAACCUUAACUGGAACGAUAGUUCAUCAGUAUGCACUACUUGGAUUGGCAUUACUUGCAAUGCAGAUGGAACCCGUGUGCUUACCCUCCGACUUCCUGGGAUUGGACUGAUUGGUUCAAUUCCUCCUAACACUCUAGGGAAACUCGAUGGUCUUAAGAUUCUCAGUCUUCGUUCCAACCUCCUUAGCGGAAAAAUACCGUUCGAUAUUACCUCACUUCCUUCUCUCCAAUAUCUUUAUCUCCAGCAUAAUAACUUCUCUGGUGACUUCCCUUCAUCCUUUUCACCAACACUCAAUGUAUUGGAUCUAUCAUUCAAUUCACUCGAAGGAACGAUUUCAAAGACUAUCCAAAAUUUGACACGGCUAAUUGGAUUGAACCUCGGGAACAACAAUCUUUCUGGUUCUAUACCAGAUAUCAACCUCCCUAAGCUCAAGCAUUUCGAUGUAAGCUAUAACCAUCUUAAUGGUUCGAUACCGACUUUUUUUAGGACAUUCCCGGACUCAUCCUUCAUUGGAAAUCCUUUAUUGUGUGGAUUGCCUCUAAAAUCUUGCUCCAUAGACCUAUCUCCAGCACCUGCCAUUUCUCCAAAGCAGAAAAGACUGAAGAUGGGAGUUAUCAUAGCUAUUGCAGUUGGUGGAUUUUUGGUUCUGUUCCUUGUAGUUCUUUUCGUGAUCGUGUGCUGUUUAAAGAGAAAGGACGGCGAAGGCACUGGCACGAUAAAGGGGAAAGUUUCUGGUGGUGGGAGAAGCGAAAAACCGAAAGAGGAGUUCGGAAGUGGCGUGCAGGAGGCUGAGAAAAACAAGCUGGUGUUCUUUGAAGGUUGUUCAUUUAACUUUGAUCUUGAAGACCUAUUAAGGGCUUCAGCUGAAGUGCUUGGAAAGGGCAGCUAUGGAACAGCUUAUAAAGCUGUCUUGGAGGAACCUACCACUGUUGUUGUGAAAAGAUUGAAGGAAGUGGUGGUCGGGAAGAGGGAGUUUGAACAACAGAUGGACACGGUCGGCAGGGUGGGGCAGCACCCGAACGUCAUGCCACUCCGAGCAUAUUAUUACUCGAAGGAUGAAAAGCUCCUUGUUUAUGAUUAUGUCCCCGUUGGCAGCUUGUCGUCACUUUUGCAUGGAAACAGAGGAGGGGAAAGAACACCAGUUGACUGGGACACAAGACUCAAAAUUGCUCUUACAGCAGCAAAGGGCAUUGCUCAUAUUCAUACAAUGGGUGGUCCAAAGUUCACUCAUGGAAACAUCAAGGCCUCAAAUAUUCUCCUAAACCAAGAUCUCAAUGCUUCUGUCUCUGACUUUGGCCUUACCCCUCUUAUGAAUGUCCCAACUUCUCGAACUGCAGGUUAUCGUGCACCCGAGGUGAUCGAAGCUCGUAAACACACUCACAAGUCAGAUGUUUACAGCUUUGGUGUUCUUCUUCUCGAAAUGCUAACUGGAAAAGCUCCCCUCCAAUCACCUGGUCGUGACGAAAUGGUCGAUCUUCCUCGGUGGGUCCAAUCGGUCGUGAGGGAGGAAUGGACAGCUGAGGUUUUCGAUGUUGAGCUAAUGAGGUACCAGAAUAUUGAAGAAGAAAUGGUGCAGAUGUUGCAAAUAGCAAUGACUUGUGUAGCGAAGCUGCCCGACAUGAGACCGAACAUGGACGAAGUUGUUAGAAUGAUCGAAGAAAUACGGCAAUCCGACUCGGAGAACCGGCCAUCUUCCGAAGAAAACAGAUCCAAGGACUCAAAUGUGCAGACCCCAUGAAUUCUUUGAUUGAGAGAUUGUGUUUAUUUUCAUUAUUUUAGAAGGAAUUGUCCAAAUUAGAAGGUAAGUUUGUACUUUGUAGAGUACACUCAUUCU